AUCUCGAGUUCAGCUCGAAAACACUGCGAGGAUUAUUAUUUACAAGUUGUUUGAUCGAUGAAAAAUAAAUUGUCAAGGAAAUAGGUCAAUAUGUUGUCGAGUGUAUCUAGAGCAGGGAAUUUUAAAAGAUUGUCUCCAAUUUUUCUAACGAGUAAUUUAAUAGAAUGUACAGGAAGUCAGGGUGUGAAUUCACAGAAAUUAAUCAGAGGUUACUCUAGUUUUUAUCGGAGUAAUAAUUGUUUAGUCGCUUGGAUUAAUAGAAAUAUCAGCAAUUUUUAUCACAGAUCUGUAAUUACUGAAAGUUCGUUCCAAGUAACUCCCACCAAAAUCGUCGAAUCGGAAUUAAAUAGCGUGGAGUUUGAAAAAAUAUCGGACGACACAUUGGACUCAUUAGCAGAGUAUUUCGACGGAAUUGUUGAACGUGCCGAGCAUCUUCCUGAAGCAGAUGUCAGCUAUGGAGAUGGAGUGCUAACGAUAAAAUUCGGCGAUCACGUAGGUACAUACGUUAUAAACCGUCAGAGUCCGAAUAAACAGAUCUGGUUGUCCUCGCCAAAGUCAGGACCAAAGCGGUAUGAUUUCAUAAAUAACACCUGGAUAUACAAGCACGACGGAAAUUCACUGCAUCAGCUUCUUGACGAUGAAAUUUCACUAGUAGUUAAUGAAAAAACUGAAUUUGUCGAUAAUUGUGCUUACAGUAGAGAGAAGAAGAAAUAAAUGAUUUUUCUAGACUACA